AUGACAGCGAAAACCGACAUGGAGUUUGGACGAGACUAUACUGUCCGCCUGCCUCCCAAAUUUCACUACACACUGCUCGAACUACUACGAGAUGAUCUGAGGAGCAUCCGCCUCGUCAACAAGCAAUGGGACGUUGUUGCAGUCUCGUUGCUUUGGGAGAGUCUCACGAUCGACCUUACAACCCCCGACUCUUCUAAGCUUAAUGCUCUCGUCGACCCACCCACAAACGGAUUUACUUGGCUACGUUAA